AUGCAGCUAGCCUCCAGAAGAACCCUUGACAUCGCAACCCCCCUUCACGCUGCGGGCAGCGGAAAGGGGCCAGGGCUUCUCAAAUCGGCUAAAUUCGAGCCGGACAGUCUAUACCUUCUCUUGUCUGACAUCGGUGACAGUCUCCAGUUCCACUGGGGCCUAUAUCUAGCCAUCACUGCCAGUAUUGGUCAUAUAUUCCACUUUAUCUGCGGGCCGCGAACGGGCUUUCAAUGGGCCUUUCAGACCAAAAAGAUGCGCGAAAACGCCAUUCCGUACUCGGUCACCUUACUCACCGGUGUGAAGAUAGCCGACAUGGACAAGUGCCUUCAAGUACCGUUGGCGAACCGUCUAGCCAAUAUCCACAAUAGCGAAUACCUCAGGUCUCUCCCUGCCGAGCGGAUAUCUUGCCUGGAGUGGAUCAGAGAGGCGCUUAUAACUCUUGACCAAGAAGGAUAUAUCAAAAUGGUUGGGGACGUCUGGGAGCUUGAGACAGAGGCCUGGAUGCAGGCCGCCGAGAACAAAAUGUGCAAACGGCGGACAAUCAUUAACAGUCAAUUCUGCGAUUUAAUCGGUCGGUAG